CCUUUCAGGGAAUCCGGUAGCCGCGGGCAGUGGCCGGGCAAGUUGUGCAUCGGGUUUGGUUGUGCGCGUGCACUGCGGACUGUCCUCGCGAGCACUCCUGGCUACCCCAGGCUAGCGUCCCUGCAGCCCUCCCUGCAGCCUGCGUCCACGCUCGCCGCCUGUGCUACCUUCUCCGGUUCAGACCGGGACAGGGUUUGCAUUGCAGUCAGGACCUGCUUCCCCUGCGUCUAGCUUGGAGCUGCCGGCAGAUCCAGUCGCCAGGGACGCUGGGGGAGGAGGGAUGGGAAACCUGGGAAGGAAGCUGCGGAGAACUAAUGGCACCCGCAGAUUUCUAAAAGCCUCUACCGUUUGCAGACGCACCGUAAACCACGUCUUAAGCUGCUUUUAAAAGUUAUGACCAGAUACUGAUUCUGUGACGAUUCUGUGAUCUACCUGAAAGGUUCUUGCUGGGAAACCAACAAAAGAAGACAGUUAAGGCACCAGCAGUGUCAAUAGGGCUGAGAGACUGCAGAGGAGGAGCAAGCCUAGCUGAAGGCAUCCGAGGGCGAUCCACUGAGAAGCCGCUGUAAUGCUGCAGCCAAGCUAGAAGACUUUGACACAAGCCAAAGGUGGUUUGGGCACAUCAGCAGUGGCCUGAGUUUUCCUAGUCCAGUCUGAUCCGAGGGAGAUGGACUAAAGCCACGGACUGUCUGGUUCUUUGUCUGGGAAUUCGAAGGAGGAUUGGGAUGGUCUUACGUGCACAUCCCUAGACGAAUUGCAGCGAUGAGUUCAGACGAGAAGGGCAUAUCCCCUGCUCAUAAAACAUCCACUCCGACCCAUAGAAGUGCCUCGUCUUCAACAUCUUCUCAGAGAGAAAGCAGACAGAGCAUCCACGUUUUGGAGAGAACUGCUUCAUCCAGCACGGAGCCCUCUGUCAGUCGGCAAUUGCUAGAGCCGGAGCCCAUCCCCCUCUCCAAGGAAGCUGACAGCUGGGAAAUUAUAGAAGGGCUGAAAAUAGGCCAAACCAAUGUCCAGAAACCAGACAGGCACGAGGGAUUUAUGCUGAAGAAAAGAAAAUGGCCUUUAAAGGGCUGGCACAAGCGCUUUUUUGUCCUGGAUAAUGGAAUGCUAAAGUAUUCAAAGGCACCUCUUGAUAUCCAAAAAGGGAAGGUUCAUGGAAGCAUAGAUGUCGGACUGUCUGUCAUGUCGAUUAAAAAGAAAGCUCGGAGAAUAGACCUUGACACGGAGGAGCACAUCUAUCAUUUGAAGGUGAAAUCCCAGGACUGGUUUGAUGCUUGGGUCUCCAAACUGCGCCAUCACAGGUUGUACCGUCAGAAUGAAAUUGUGAGGUCACCAAGAGAUGCCAGCUUCCACAUAUUUCCUGCAACUUCGACAGCCGAGUCCUCCCCAGCCGCUAAUGUCUCUGUCGUGGAUGGAAAGAUGCAGCCCAACAGCUUCCCAUGGCAGUCCCCAUUACCAUGCAGUAACAGCCUCCCUGUGACCUGCACAACUGGACAGAGUAAAGUGGCAGCCUGGCUGCAGGACUCGGAAGAAAUGGACAGGUGUGCAGAAGAUCUUGCACACUGCCAGUCAAACCUUGUGGAACUUAGCAAGCUCCUGCAAAACUUGGAGAUACUUCAGAGAACUCAGUCGGCUCCUAACUUCACUGACAUGCAGGCUAACUGUGUAGAUAUUUCAAAGAAAGACAAGCGGGUCACAAGACGCUGGAGGACAAAAAGUGUCAGCAAAGAUACAAAAAUACAACUUCAGGAAGGGCCACCUGCGAAGGGCCAGUUCAACACAAGUCGGCGCCGGCAGAGGCUAGCGGCAGCAGUGGCUACAACAGUUCCUUUCAGUGCCACCAUGUCACCCGUGCGUCUGCACUCCUCCAACCCCAACCUUUGUGCGGACAUUGAGUUUCAGACUCCUCCUAGCCACCUCACCGACCCUCUGGAAAGUUCCACGGAUUAUACCAAGCUACAAGAAGAAUUUUGUCUAAUUGCACAGAAAGUGCAUUCUCUUUUGAAGUCUGCGUUUAACAGCAUAGCUAUAGAGAAGGAGAAGCUGAAGCAGAUGGUUUCAGAGCAAGAUCACAACAAAGGCCACAGCACACAGAUGGCCAGGCUCCGACAGUCUCUGUCACAGAGUGAAGGAGCCGGCAAAUCCUGGGCACUUAACCAGAAUGCUGAGCUCCGGAGUCGGCUGAACAGAAUACACUCAGAAUCUACCAUCUGUGAUCACGUUGUCAGUGUAAAUAUUAUCCCUAGCCCCGAUGAGCCUGGUGAGCAAAUCCAUGUCAACCUCCCUCUGUCGCAGCAGGUGGCCAAUGAGAGCCGCCUCUCCAUGUCAGAAUCUGUGUCAGAGUUCUUCGAUGCCCAAGAGGUGCUUCUGUCUGCAAGUUCAUCAGAGAAUGAGGCUUCUGAUGAUGAGUCCUACAUCAGCGACGUGAGUGACAACAUAUCUGAGGACAACACCAGUGUCGCCGACAACAUUUCUCGGCAAAUCCUGAAUGGGGAGCUCACAGGAGGCGCCUUCCGCAAUGGCCGUCGCACCUGCCUUCCUGCUCCUUGCCCGGACACCAGUAACAUUAACCUGUGGAAUAUCUUGAGGAACAACAUUGGCAAAGACCUGUCGAAGGUCUCCAUGCCCGUGGAGCUCAACGAGCCACUCAACACCCUGCAGCACCUCUGUGAGGAAAUGGAGUACAGCGAGCUCCUCGACAAGGCCUCAGAGACCGACGACCCCUACGAGAGGAUGGUUCUCGUCGCUGCCUUUGCAGUCUCAGGGUACUGUUCUACCUACUUCAGAGCAGGAAGCAAGCCAUUCAAUCCGGUCCUGGGGGAGACGUAUGAAUGCAUAAGAGAAGAUAAGGGGUUUCGGUUCUUCUCAGAACAAGUUAGCCAUCAUCCACCCAUCUCUGCCUGUCACUGUGAAUCCAAGAACUUUGUGUUUUGGCAAGAUAUCAGAUGGAAAAAUAAGUUCUGGGGAAAGUCAAUGGAAAUCCUGCCCGUCGGAACCCUGAAUGUUAUGCUUCCAAAAUAUGGAGAUUACUACGUGUGGAAUAAAGUCACUACAUGCAUACACAACAUCCUCAGUGGGAGGAGAUGGAUCGAGCAUUAUGGAGAAGUGACCAUUAGAAAUACCAAAAGCAGUGUUUGCAUUUGCAAACUCACAUUUGUCAAGGUGAAUUACUGGAACUCCAAUGUGAAUGAAGUCCAAGGGGUGGUGAUAGACCAGGAGGGGAAGGUGGUGCACCGACUGUUUGGGAAGUGGCACGAAGGACUCUACUGCGGGGUGGCCCCCUCGGCAAAGUGCAUCUGGAGACCAGGUUCUCUGCCAACCAACUACGAGCUCUACUAUGGCUUUACAAGGUUUGCUGUGGAGCUCAAUGAGUUGGAUCCUGUCCUGAAGGACCUCCUUCCUCCCACAGAUGCCCGAUUCCGGCCAGAUCAAAGAUUCUUGGAAGAAGGGAACCUAGAAGCCGCAGCCGCAGAGAAACAAAGAGUUGAGGAACUCCAAAGAUCUCGAAGACGGUACAUGGAAGAAAACAACCUUGAACAUAUACCAAAAUUUUUUAAAAAAGUUAUUGAUGCAAAUCAAAGAGAAGCCUGGGUUUCUAAUGACACCUACUGGGAGCUUCGAAAGGACCCUGGGUUUAGCAAAGUAGACAGCCCCGUUCUUUGGUAAACUGGAGACGUAGAGCUAGACAACAUCCCACACUUGGAAUGAAUAAAUAACUAUGCACAAUUAUGUUUCUUAUAGCUACGCGUGGUUUCUGGGUCGACUGAAAACCUCCCAUUUGCUUUUCUAUUCAUCUUUAUAAUGGAUUUUCAAAAGUGCAUUAGACAAGGCUCCUAACCACUUUUGGAUCCUUUCUGUUUUGCUGCAACCAUAUUCCUUAAAAUAAAUAAAUAAAUAAAUAAAUAAAUAAAACCCAUGCCCUCCUCGGAAAGCAGACUAAAAGAAGGAGAAUAUAAAGUCCAAAGUCAGAAGACUCGGAAAAGAAGAUGAAACCGUAACAGGCGCUUCAAGCCGAUCAGGAGAGUUUUAAAUGAUACACAAACUACAUGUUCAGUCUGCUGUCUGAAAGCGUCAUCCCGUACCUUAGGAGCUCCUGGGCCAUAGUCAGUUAGUUCAGACUUGAAGUGUGUUCUUUUGAUGUGGUAUGCUUGUCCCAGCCUCGUCAAAAUAGACAUGAUGCUUCCCGAAACCCAUUCCAUCUUUACAACAUUGUUCAUGCCUUAAGAAAUGCAAAGAUGUACAAUAAACUGUUUUUUACAUGUGUGCUCAUAGGUGUAUGUGAAGGACAGAAUCCUGGCAUGAUUCACUUUCUUGGUCAGAACAUUGAUUCAGCUGGUAGAAGGGUUAAAUGAGGAAAAACUCACUUUCUUUUGCUAAAUCAGUUCUGGUGUGGUGGAUCUGAGGGGCAAGAGGGCUAAAGUACUGUAUGCUAAGCAGAUCUCUGUUGUUCUUUAAGUUCCUGUCCUGUGUCCAGAUAGUAAACCAUCCCUCCUCCGUCUGACCUCACAGUGUGCCCUGGUAUUUGGCAAAAGUUGUAUCAGAUUUGGACACCUGUCAUCAGUGUUAAACUUCAGUAGGAAGUAAGAAACCCCAGUUUCUGCCUAGGCUGGGUGGUACCAUAAAGCACUGUUUCUGAGUGGCACACAAGGCCGUACAAUACAUUCACAUCCCUGACUCAUGCCCACAGCUUGACACUGCUCAGAGCCCAUGGAGAGCAAAAGCUUAUUUGCAUUAUGUAAAU